AUGUAUGGGCUGGCAGCUCUCAGAGACCAGGGCUUGGUGCAGGGCUCCCUCACCCUGGAGCAGCAGGCCACACGUGUUGCAGGACAGCACGAUCUACAGAAGUGUGUGCGAGAUGCCAUCUUCAUCCAGGAGUGUGUACCCGAAAACCUGGAACUGAAGAAGAGUGUCUGGAAGAAGAUCGAUUCCCUGGAUAUAAAGGAUGACGUCAUCUUAUCGAGUGCUACCAGUGCAAUACUCCCGUCUAAGGAACUGGGUCAGGAUCCGGUGAUACUGAACAAAGAAAUUAAUGGAUUCGUCAUGAACCGGAUUCAGAUGGCCAUUUUGGGGGAGUGUUACAGACUCGUAGAGAUGCUCAUGCACAUAUAA